UGUGUCUAACCAUACACUGUGACUCUGCAAGCACAUGUAGCAAGUAGCCUCUGGUUAAAAUACUUCCUGUUUGAUCAAAGUAGGCGUUAAGACUUUGACAUGCUGGCAUUCAAAACGCACAGAAAGACGAGGCACUCAUAGGGGUAGGACGAUAAGAAACUCUGAAAACAGUUUGGACCAACGCGACCAAGGUGAUUAACGCCACGCCCAACAUGGCCAGGAACACACAAGGAGAGAGAGAGGAGAGGAUAGUGGACAUCUACGCUACCAGUGAGAGCCUCAGAGAUCAACACCAGGACUAUGUGGGGACAGAGGAGUCCUCCAAGUCUCUGGGAACAGUAAGAAGUCAGCUGCCGGACCCUGUGAGCCCUCCUCCGUGGCCGAUCAGGGCUGUGGUGGUGCUUCUGGUCCUGCUGUCUCUUACCCUACUGGCUGGACUGCUUCGGUUUGUAAUGCAACACAAGACCAUAAGCAUGUGCAGAGACGUGGAGCAACUUCACCAAAGGAUGAAGAAUAUGACAGAGCAACACAAGACCGUAUGCAUGGACAGAGACGUGGAGCAACUUGAACUUCACCAAAGGCUGAAGAAUGUGACGGAGCAACACAAGACCGUAAGCAUGGAGGUGGAGCAACUUCUCCAAAGGCUGAAGAAUGUGAAAGAGCAGAGGGACUCACGGCUUUGUAAUCAGGAAUGUCCACGUGAUUGGAAUAAGUUUGGUUGUAAAUGUUAUUUCAGUGUGUGGGGAUCCUGGAAUAAGAGCAGGGAGCUCUGUGUUUCCCCCGGAGCAGAUCUGCUGGUGGUGGACAGUAAAGAGGAGAUGGACUUCAUUAGCAGGUACGACGGGGACCCCUGGCUCGGAGCGACAGAUGAGGCCAGUGAAGGGUUGUGGAGAUGGGUUGAUGGGACCGUCCUGUCAGCGGCUAGCCCCUCCUGGAGGGGAGGAAAACCUGAUGGUGGCAAGGACAAGAACUGCUUAAGGAAGGUCUGGGUGCAUCCCAACUUUAAAUGGACAGAUGAGAGCUGUGAAGACUACAGAUAUGGGCUUUGUGAAUAUAAUUUAAUGAAAUGAUGGAUGAAAACAUUUCUUUGUCGGACAGAUGUGUUUCUUUGACUAUUAUUUUAUCUUAAUGCCAACUAACAUUCGUUGUUUUGUUUCAUACUUGUUGAGUUCUGCCAUUCGAUCAGAGCUGUGAUUGGCUGCAAGGUUUUUUAUCUCCUUAAAAGGAGAUGACAUGAAGACUUCCCUGGUCACUGCAGGAGCUGUACAUAGAUGCUGCUUGUAGGUC